UUAGUGGUGAAUGUUUUAAGAGAUUAUCGUGAAGAAACCAUCAAAUAUGAGCUAAAUGUUGGGAGAAUGGGAUCACAUCAUAGAACUUGGCGAAAGUUUGAAAUAAAUUCAACUAGUGUUAAUGAUAAUUCGAUUUUUCGUUUACACGAAUCUAUAUUUAUUAUUAAAUCUGAUCAAAGCAAAUAUGAUUAUAUUGUCGAACAUUAUAAUGAUUACUUUGCUUGCAAUUGUGAAGCAUAUAUAAAAAACACUACUCUUUGUAAACACAUAUUUGCUGUUUCGCGUAAGUAUAAUAUCGAAUUAUUAGAACAGAUCACUUAUUUACCUUUAGAUUAUGAAGAACAACUUGAAAGCGUUGAUGUUGAUCAAAGCGAAAUCUUGGAAAAAGUCAAUAACUCUAUUAAUCAACAAAUCGAACGUUUAAUAUCGCUUUACCAAAAAAGUAAUUUGGAUGAUAAACCUUUGGAUGGAAGAAAAAAUAUCAUUAAAAAGCUUGAAGAAACAU